CUAUGUAAUACCAGCUACAGCAUUUUUAUUUUCAUGGGCCUUGCUACUUUUGAGUUUGAGGAAGGACGUAAAUCUUUUUCAGAAUGGAAAGUCAUGACUUAACCGGUGUUGGUGAGCAUCAGUUUUCUUUAGAUUCAUUUACCAGUGAUGCAGAACAUCAUGUUGGCAAAUUUGGAAGCUCCGGAACGUCUUCUUUGAUGGGAAAUGUAACAGUUUCUGUCCCUGACGGAGUAAUCGACACUACCGGAUUGGUAGCUUCGUUUUCAAAUGCUCACCACCCAAUCGCCACCGACUCCCCUCAAACCAUAGUGGCUCAAUCUAGCAGUAUUGGUCAUGUCACCCUGUCGGACAUCAGCUCCAACCUCCGACGAAUAUCCAGUGGCCCAGGGGGACUGCUCACCGGCACGGUCAUCAGUCCAGAGUCGUUACGAGCCGUCACCAACAUCUUCCAGACCUUGCCAGACACCCUCAGUCAGCAAAGGGUCCUGGCUUCGCUGUCUUCAGGGCAGGCUGUCAUCAUUGGUGAAUCCAUGAACAGGGAGAUUCAAGAGGAUGGGGAUGGACUCUCCAUUGGUAUCAACUUGGUUGCGGGGUCCCUUGGGGCGCUCAGUGAGAAGGAGGUUGGAAGGACUAGUAGUCUGAGUGAUCAGUCUCCAUUAGGAAUGGGAAUCCUGCAGGUUCCAGACAAUACUCUGUCUGCUAUGACAAGCAGGACCAAUGUGGUGUUUACAACGAGUACCAACACAACAAGUUUAGUUGGCAAUGCAGAACUAGGACCAGGAGAUGAUCAUGGAGAAGCGAUAAGCAUCGGCGACACUCUGCAGGCGGAUGUUAACGAUGCGGUCACAUCUUCCUCUCUCCUGGAGCCCGACUCCCAGAUGAUGGUGGGAGGCGUAGAAGGGGUGGAGGUGGAAUCCAACGAAGGGGCGGGGCGGCAGAUCCCUGUCACGUGUCAGAUCCCAACCCAUGAGCUAGCCAGGCUUGUACAGACUGUUGAACAGGCCAGCAGCAAUGUGGGGGAGCUGGAAAGCAGCGCUGACUCUGUCAACCUUAUUAAUGUUGCAGGAGUUCCAAGCGUUGAAUUUUCCAGUACUGGUCAGCUUGUUAUCCGCCAAGGAUAUGUCGUCUGUACCCAAGAUGGGGAAAACCUGGUUGCCAUGACGCAAGCUGAGGAUGUUGCCCUAGCAACCAGCGAUGAACAAGUAGAACCGGUGACUGUUAACAUGGCAUCAGCAACUUCCUCUGCUGGUUCUCAGUCAUUGGCAACAGAGAAAUCACCUUUAGUAGCAACCGAGAAGAAGAAAGGCAAAGGAGGCUGGCCUAAGGGGAAGAAGAGGAAGAAAGAUAUUCUUGAGAUGGCUAAAGCUCCCAGGCCACCGUCUUCUGCGUAUGCCAUGUUUCUUGCGGAGCAGCGAGAAGGGUACCGUGAGAGUCAUCCUGAGGUGGUUGGCCGCAAGGUGUCGUCUCUCCUGGGUAAGAUGUGGACCGGUCUUCCACCAGACGUCAAGAAGAGAUACCUGGACAUGGAGAAGAAGGAUAAGGAGAGGUACAUCAAGGAGAUCAAAGAAUACCAAGAGUCUUCCAGCUGUCAGGCCUUCCUCAAGAAGCAGACGGAAAAUGCUGUCAGGAAUUUUUGUGGAAGUGAAGAAGCCAUGAGUGAGCAGAUAGUAAACAUGAGCAAGAAUGAUAUUCUGGGUUGCAACUAUCUACAAUGCAAAGUGUGUGACAUGUAUUUUCACAGCACUCAUAACAUGUCACAACAUGUAUUGGGCAAACAACAUAUGACUGCUCUGGCUGCAAAAAUAUGUGAAAUGGACCAAGAGACUCUAGGCUUGAAAGAACUGGAAGAGGGCGUGACUCAACCUGACAUAGCAUCCACAUCAGAUGAUUGUAGAUCAUGCGAAUGCUUUAGAGAAGGCAUGCCACACACGGAGGGAUUCAGGUCGACGUUCAUGGACCUGCAUUUUGAGAGAGAAUUGGAGCUGAGGGAGCUGAGACGUCACCAUGCAAUCAGUAUUCAUGAACAGAUGACAUUGCGGAGGAAGUGCAAAAUCUUACAGGAAACAAUGCAAAAGGCAGAGAAUGACCAUAGAAAUCUGAAGGCUAUUGGUUCAAAUAUCCAGUCCAAGCUUGAUGGCCUUUACAGAAUGAUUUUAUUCUUAACGUAACAUUACGAUGAGGUCUGGAACAAGUUGCUCUGUCAAGUCUUGAAGAUCCUGCAGCUCCUACUGUAGACACACAACCGCACUACACACUGACAAAAGAGCUGGGGUGAAAAGGUCACUGGACUGGCCUAAGAACCAAGAGUAUCAGACGGCCCUACCUGGUCAAAGACUGAAGAAGUUCUGGUACUUCAAUGAGGCCCAAGUCCUGACUAGUUCAUUCUUUUGAGGUCAGGCCCGUGAUGAAGGAAGUUCAUGCACAUCAUCAGGGCCUCCAACAUAAAUGGUUCAGGCAUUCCAACAUUCCCUGAAACCUUAGAAGGUCAGGCACCCUAGUCUGGCCCAAGACUGAAGCAGUUUUAGCACUUCUUCCUGGCCUUAAAACCAGGAAAUUCAGGCCCUUUGGCUUGAGCCAAGGUCUGAGGAGUCUGACUACCCCAGUAUCAGCUGAUACCUAUUAGCUAGAUUCAUCAUGAGGGUUAUGGCACCAUUUACAUUGUCCCAGAUGGCAUCAUUUAAGGGACUUGGUAACAUUGUUCAGAUGAGAGAAAAUGGUGCUAAGGUAGUGACUUCAAUGCUUGAUGUACAAUUAAAGAGAAUCUGAAAGUUUGAGUG